AUGGGUAAUUCCGGUUCGAAACAACAUACUAAGCGCAGUAGCAAGAAGGAUGACCACGACGGUGAUAGAAAGAAAACACUAGAUCUUCCACCACUGACAAAGUCGGAUACCACACAUUCGCUGAAAUCGUCCAGGUCACUUAGGUCGCUGCGGUCGAAACGCUCAGAGUCGUCAUUGGCAUCCAAUGUUCAGGCUCAAACCCAACCCCUCUCCCGCAGAUCUUCCACUCUUGGAAACGGUAAUCGCAACCGUAGGCGAUCAAACAAUGCUCCAAUCACUCCUCCCAAUAAUUAUCACCUAAGUUCACUGCCCAGCUCGUCAAGAAGGCUCUCUUCCUCUUCGAGAAGGUCGAGUAUGGGGAAUAAUAACAAUUCAGAGUUGCCCCCGUCAAUGAUUCAAAUGGAGCCUAAAUCGCCCAUCUUGAAGAACAGCACAAGCAUGCAUUCCACUAGCUCUUUUAACUCUUACGAAAAUGCGUUAACUGAUGAUGACGACGAUAAGGAGGAUGACGGCGGCGAGAGCCCCUCAAUGGCCAAAGCUACUCGCAUCAACACUAGCUCCUCUGCAGAUAGAAGCUACAAACGUACUCCUUUAAGACGUCACAACUCAUUACAACCGGAAAAAGGUAUAACAGGGUUUUCCUCGACCUCAUCCAAAUUGCGCAGAAGAUCAGACAAUACGUUACCAUCAAGUUAUCCUUCAAACGCGGAAUCAAGUGGGAAUGGCAGCGAUUAUUUCUCAAACAGAUCAAACUCGCAUGUAUCAUCCAGGAAAUCAUCAUUCGGCUCCACCGGGAACACAGCUUAUAGCACACCACUGCAUUCACCUGCGUUGGAAAAAAUGAGCUCUAGGGACGACGAUAACGGAAACAAUGUAAAUGACAGACGAUCCUCACCUAUCCCCAAUCUGAACAUAGACAAACCUUCGUCCUCGUCGUCAUCAGCGUCAAAAAGGGAAUAUUUAAGUGCUUAUCCGACGCUUGUUCACAGAGACUCAUCGUCUUCACUUAGUCCGCGGGGCAAAGGACAACGGUCAUCAUCGUCUUCCAGUUGCAGUCAAAGAAUAUAUGUGUCGCCACCAUCUCCCACAGACGAUUUCGUACAUGGGAGUUGUGCAGACGGUGACGAUGGAUCCAGAACUAAUACCUUGGUGGAAAUGAAAAGGAAAAAACCAAUCCGUCCAAUUGACAUAGAUGAAAUUAUCCAGAAAUUAUUAGAUGCCGGUUAUGCUGCAAAGAGGACCAAGAAUGUUUGCUUGAAAAAUUCUGAGAUUAUUCAAAUUUGCCAUAAGGCCCGUGAAUUAUUCCUUGCCCAACCCGCUCUCUUAGAAUUGUCUCCCUCGGUAAAAAUAGUAGGUGACGUUCAUGGCCAAUAUGCAGAUCUUUUGAGACUCUUUACCAAAUGCGGCUUUCCUCCCAUGGCAAAUUACUUGUUUUUAGGCGAUUAUGUGGACCGCGGUAAGCAGUCCCUGGAGACUAUUUUACUAUUAUUAUGCUAUAAGAUCAAAUAUCCUGAAAAUUUUUUCCUUUUAAGAGGCAAUCAUGAGUGUGCCAAUGUAACAAGAGUCUACGGGUUUUAUGAUGAAUGUAAACGACGCUGUAAUAUCAAGAUUUGGAAAACCUUCAUCGAUACUUUCAACACGCUACCAUUAGCAGCCAUCGUCACAGGGAAAAUCUUUUGUGUUCACGGUGGACUAUCACCUGUUCUAAAUUCUAUGGAUGAAAUUAGGCACGUUAGUAGACCUACCGAUGUGCCGGACUUCGGGUUGAUUAAUGAUCUCCUGUGGUCGGAUCCUACAGAUUCAUCGAAUGAAUGGGAGGAUAAUGAGCGUGGUGUUAGCUUUUGUUAUAAUAAAGUGGCUAUUAAUAAAUUUUUAAACAAAUUCGGGUUCGAUUUAGUGUGCAGAGCCCAUAUGGUGGUAGAGGAUGGUUAUGAAUUUUUUAAUGACAGGAGCUUAGUUACAGUGUUUUCUGCUCCGAACUAUUGUGGUGAAUUCGAUAACUGGGGUGCCGUUAUGACGGUUAGUGAAGGCCUACUAUGUUCUUUUGAAUUACUAGAUCCACUAGAUAGUGCCGCUUUGAAACAAGUGAUGAAGAAGGGUAGGCAAGAACGUAAAUUAGCCAAUCGUUGA